AUGGCCCAAUGUCAUAGACCUUGGUCAGAUGUGGUGGAUAUCUUAAUAACAAACAGAAAACAGGAACUGUCGGUCGCAUGUGAUUCCUCGGCAUUUAUAACUGCCAACGAGUGCUCGCAGUUAUACCCGGAUAUGACCACCAAUUCCACUGAUACCACAAUAAGUCCUGUUAAGGAGAUCCCAAUUGAUAUGCCAAACAAUAAACCCAGUGAAUGGACUACUGAGGCAAACAUACCUGAAAGGAAUCCCUUAGAUUCCCCAUAUAUGGACAAUACAAACCAUAGCUUAGAUUCCUACCCCACCUACCAUUCCGGUGAUAAUAGUAUUGAACCCAAGAUUGAAAGUUAUACUUCAGAUUCAUAUGAUAUCUCUUUUGGCACAUCAGUAGCCAUAGGAAUGGCUUUAUAUCUACUCUUAAUUCACUUGUAA